UUUCCUAAGAAAACUCGUUUUUAUCAACGAAAAUAAAUUAUAAUAUGGACAAGUCCUCAUAGAUUUUUCAUAGUGGAAAACUACAUGUUCCGGUUGAAAACCAACUUAUUGCUUACACGUAUAAUUUGUAUAAGUCAAAGUUAUUUUUGUGUUACGUAAUAUACGUCGAUCUUCGUCAAGCGGCGCCUACGCAUGCGAAUCUAAUAGCCCCACCUGUGCAACCGUCACAACGCAAUCACUCGUCCGCUGUUACACCAAAGUAAAAGUAAAACCGCGUUCAUUGACUCAACGAGACCCUUUACGAUACUACGUAGAACAAGUUUAUCAACAAAACCUUACUCCGCGUCCAAUUCAAAGUUUAGUGCAGCUCGGAAAAUGUCUAAUUAAAAACAGUGCAACAACCGGUCAAGAUGUCAGUGAUAUUGUUGAUCGUCGAAAUUAUUAUCAUCGGUGGAAUGGUGGUAGGACUUUACCAAAAGAAUACUAACCUUGUGUGUAAAUCGAAGAAGAGGUACGAUGGAAAAACAGUGUUAGUGACCGGCGGCACGGCGGGCAUGGGGCUGGAGAUCGCGGCAGACUUCGCGCACCGCGGCGCGCGGGUCAUCGUCGCGUGCCCGUAUGAAGAUGAAGGCUUGCACGGCAAGAAGCUUAUCAUCAAAAGCUCUGGCAACCACAACGUAGUCUUCAAACUAUUGGACCUCUCCUCCUUACAAUCUAUAAGGAACUUCGUUGCAGAUAUAUUAAAAACAGAAGACAGAUUAGACAUUUUGAUGAACAACGCCGGUGUUGGCAUCCCAGGAGACUUCCUCACAAAAGAUGGAAUGAACUUCAUCAUGCAAGUGAACUACUACGGCACAUUUCUGCUGACCAUGUUACUCCUACCGCUUCUUAAGAAAACGGGAACCCCGUCUGAACCGAGUAGGAUUGUAAACACAUCAUCUGUAUUGCACAAGUUCGGCAAAAUUGAUUUCGAAAAUUGGAACAAGACUGGUCACUGGGCUAAGAUCAGGAUAUAUGGGAAUAGUAAAUUAUGUUUGGCGCUUUUUACCCGAGAACUUGCAAAAAGAAUGAAAAGUCCAAAUGUUAUAGUAAAUGUUGUUGACCCUGGAGCAGUGGGGACAAAGAUUUACAAUAGUUCCCGGAUUGCUUGGGCUAGUUUCGUGUCCUUUAUAUUCCUGAUUUUAUUUAAGCAUCCCUGGGAAGGAGCACAGACUGCUUUGUAUGCCGCUACGAGUAAUCGUGCUGGUCAAUUCAAGGGGGAAUACUUCAAGAACUGUUCACGUGUUCGAGCCGGUGAACUUGUGUAUGAUGAGAAGCUAGCCACGAGGGUCUGGGAGGAGUCAGUCCGACUUGUGAAGUUAAGUGACGAUGAGCUGAAUCAGUGCUUUAGUUCGUAAUUGUGUCAUUCAUAAAUUGGAACCCAGUUUGUAAUUGUUAAUGGUUAAUAGAAUUUUAAGUUAUUCAGUGUAAUUUUCAUAUCGGAUGUUGAGUAUAAUUUCCAUUGACUUGUAAUGAAAUAUUGGUAUGUUAGCAGCAUUAAUAGCAAGUUGCGUGACCUCGUUCUGCUCUGUUGGGUAGUCGCUUCCUUUACUACGAGCGCCUUCAAUUAAACAUGUCAAAAUCGAGAAUAGCGAUACUGAAAAUAAUUUGUAAUUAGCAUAUCCGACCUACAUUCUAGAACUAUUUAUUUUAUGUAAAAAAAUUGUGGGAAAUAAAAUAUGAAGAACAGCGGCAUCUUUUAAUUUCUGCCUAGUAAAUAAAAUAAAAAUCCUGUAGGCUUUUGGUAACUUAAAGUUUUAAGGAAAAAUUACCGAGAAUUCUGUAGAUUUUUUUCAUAGAUUUUCAUGUCCACCUGAAGUAGCUUACUUCCAUGUAUUUUUUUUC